CAGUUAGGAUUCAAAUUCGGAUGUGAAUAAAAUUUACCUUAUAAAACUUAAAUGGCACCACCAAUAAAAACAUUUUCAACUAUAUUUGUGCAAUUAAAAGGUUUCCAUUCGAACCGGUUACAUACAUGGAUCCGAUCUCCUCAAACGAUGUAUUAUAAAAUAAUUAAGGUCUCAGCUCUUCACAGGCGGAGUUAGUGUAUACAUACAUAUGUUUGCAGUUCGUUGUCCCACCCUUUUGUAUUAUCUUAUUUGGUACAUUGUAACAGAGAAAUUGCAAUUUGGUACAGUGUAACAGGGAAGUUCCUCUUGUGCGGGCUAGUAAGGUUCAACUGACAUUAAACCUUGAAACCUGAGUUAUCCAUUUGUAUAUAAUAUUUGGUGCUUUGCUGACGGCGGUCUUGCCUACAGUCCUGGAAAAGUGUGCAGAUUGAGGGCAGGGUAACUUUUCGCUAAAAAUUCCGUCACUUCAAAGUUUGGUGCUAAGAAACAGUUUUCUUAAAAUUCAUAAAACAGCUGGACUUGCUUCUAGUCUUAACAUUUUGUCCUAAAAUGAGAGAUUGCGCUACAGAUAAUCCCUAUUUAAAAUUUUAGGUAAAUUAAAAUGAAUUUGUCAUUCUGGCUGAUUAUAGUUUUACAACUGCUCUCGGCGACAAGUUGUUUACCGAAUAAUAGGAAUAGCGAAAAUAGUCGUUCCAAAAAAUCUGAAGAACCUACCAAUUGGGAUGAAGUUUUACCUGUCACAUCAGUUUGUUGCGCCCAAAGUCGCAACUUCGAAGUAUAUAAUGGAAAGCGAAGUAAAUAUGGAGAGUUUCCAUCACUUGCAAUUUUGCAUUACGUGAAUUCAAGCGAGAUCAGUAACUUUCCAUGUGCCGGUACACUAAUUAAUAAACGACAUAUUCUAACAGCGGCUCAUUGCGUCACAGGAAAUAUACUAAAAAUAUCUGGAAAAUUAUACAAAAUUCGCUUAGGUGAGCAUAACUUAUCUAAAACUGUAUGUACAAAUGGAACCUGUAAUAAUGGAGUCGUAGAAAUGGACAUCGAAAAAAUUCUGAUCCAUGAAGGAUAUGAUAACAGAACCAAAAUUCAUGACAUUGCACUCAUCCGCUUCUCUAGGGAGAUUGCAAACUACCGGAUCAAUAUUAGGCCGGUAUGUUUGCGUUGGUCUCCAGAGUCUCCAAACCCGGAAUUUCUUCCCACGCAUAAAUUUAUAGCAGUCGGAUGGGGUCGAACACUUAACGCUAAGCGAAGCAAUGUAAGCAGUAAAUUAGAGAUUCCCUGGUAUCACCACGAAGACUGCAAACAGAGAUAUUCGAAAGUGAGAAUAAACAUAACGGACACCCAAAUUUGUGCAGGUGGAAAAUUCAAAGAGGACACUUGUGACGGGGAUUCUGGAGGUCCUCUUCUGACCAAAAUCUAUGGAUGCAAUUAUUUGGAUGGUAUAGUGUCAUCUGGGAGAGGGUGCGGUUUAGAAGAUUGGCCAGGGAUCUAUACCAACGUGACAGCCCAUAAAGAUUGGAUAAUGGAAAAUCUAAAAUAUUUCAUUAAAGAUUACGAAGGAGACCAGACCAGGCGGAAAGAAAUGAAGAUGGAAUUAUGGAUACUUAUAUUACUUCAAAUCCAGCUUCUAUGCACAUGUUUACCAUACAGCCAAAACCCAAUAAAAUCUGAUACAAAAAUUGUCUCUCGAGAGUGCGAAUCCAACUGUUUACCUCUUUUAAUUUGCCCCCAAAUAUUUCAAAUCUUCAAAAAUAUAACUGUGGAGUCUUCUCCAGAAAAUAUUCCUGAAGAUUUUCAAUGCAAUCCCGCUUCGAAAAAUAUAACAUAUAUUUGUUGUCCUGAAUUUGAAAGUACUCUACCUCCUCUUCCGGAUAAAGAGGGACUUUUGCCGGACAAAUCAACAUGUUGCCCGUAUGUACCAUAUGUUUAUGGGGGUAAAGCAACUUAUAUAGGCGAAUUUCCAUCAUUGGCCUUACUGCAUUAUAUGGAUUUACAGCAACGUAGCAGUUUCCCAUGUGGAGGAACAAUCAUUAACAAACGCUAUAUUCUAACGGCCGCCCAUUGUGUUGUUGGGAAAAUUUUGGAAGAAUCUGGAAAACUAUAUAAAAUUCGUUUGGGUGAAAAUGAUCUAUCGCAAACAGUAUGUGUCAAUGGAACAUGCGAUCACGGGGUACAAGAAAAGGAUAUAGAAAAAAUAAUAGCUCAUGAGGGAUACAGUGAAAAGCACAAAAUGCACGAUAUCGCGCUUAUACGAUUCUCGCCCCCAAUUAGUUAUUUUGAAAACAAUAUCUCACCAGCAUGUCUGAGUUGGACACGUCGAGCUCAUAAUCUGCAGUUUUAUAGGAAUAACUUAUACACAACGGUAGGAUGGGGUCGAACUCUUGAAGCAAAACAAAGCAAAAUAAGUAAUAAAAUUCAAAUUCCACAUUACGACCAUGAGGAAUGCCGUAAAAGAUACCUUCGGCUGAAAAUCAAUAUAACCCAAGCACAAAUCUGUGCUGGUGGAGAAUUCAAGAGAGAUUCAUGCGAUGGAGAUUCUGGAGGACCGCUUUUUACAUCAGUUGACAAUUGCGAUUACCUGGAUGGUAUCGUAUCGUUUGGAAAAGGAUGCGGUCUGGAAAAUUGGCCGGGAGUAUACACGAAUGUAACAGCCUACAAAGAUUGGAUAAUGGAAAAUUUGAAGCCCUGAAAGAAAAAAAUUAUGGAAAGUCUUGUUAUUCCAGCUAUAUACGUGUCUGUUAGCUCCUUUGCAGAACACACAUUUGAAGGACAUACUCACAGUAUCCCCUUUUGUAUUUUUUCCAGGUAAAUAACAUAUGGAUGCAUACAAAAUAUUUUGUAAAAAGUGAAAUUUACUAGUAUUUUCAAAAUAGAUGUUAAUGAAUGUUAGAUUG